CAAAAUAUGGUAUUAUACAUAAGCCAAACUGCUUGGUUCCGGAAAGGCCAAUAAUAAUUUAAAUAAUGGGUUACUUUCAAUAAAGCACAAGGCCAAAUACAACGAGAUUGCUACAGAUACUCAGAAAUGUUUUGAUAGAUAAACAGAUGAAACCAUUAGCGGAGUCUCAUUCGUUGUCAAAAGUGAUUGUUCAAGAACUGAAGCUAAUGUACUUGGGGAAUUGAUUUAUCCCGUAUUGACAAAUCGCAAAAACUUUUUCGCGAGAGUACUGCACCAAAGUCCAGUCGUCAAGGAAAAAAGCUACUGCCGUAAUACUGUUUGUUUUACCGAUGAAGAAGGUUCAAUUUACGUCUUUGUGAAUAUAAUUCUUUAGUGUACUGAGGCUCCUUUCCACCAUACGCUGAAGAGGACGUUAAGCACACUGGUAUUCAGUUACCGUGGAGCUGUGUUUUCUUAAUUAGAUCUUCGUCUACACGGAUAUUUAAAAUGUCUCAUUUCACCAUUGCUUUGAGACGAAACUUUACCAAACUGUUUUCUAGAAAAACAUUUUUUUCCUUUUACAACGAUUACUCUCUCAUAAGACGAAACCUUUCACAAGUAGUGAACAGAUCGGUUACCCUCCUGCCAAACCGUGUUGCUCCUAUUUAUAAAGAUUGCACCAUUCCUGAAUCGAUAGGAAGAAAAGUCAACUGCAAACACUUACAAUGGUCAUCGCCUAUUAAAAAUGUCUUGAUUAUAAAGAAACCGUUCGACCAACAGGUUUCAUCUGCGUUUGCGGAACUAGUAAAUUUCAUUCACAUGGCAUAUCCGGAAAUUUCGGUCAUCGUUGAACCCAAUGUUGCUCAAGAGUAUCCACACUUGCAUCUGUUCACUUGGAAUGAUAUAAAAGAACUACAUGCAAAAGCAGACGCCAUCAUUACCUUAGGAGGUGACGGAACAAUUUUGCACACUGCUUCCCUUUAUGCACAAACAAAUAUUCCUCCUGUCCUUUCUUUUUCCAUGGGUACCCUUGGUUUUCUCUUACCCUUUUCCUUUUCUUCGUUCCAGAAAGCCUUUUCCCAGUUCUACGACUCAAAAUCUUAUGUGCUCAGACGGAUGCGGCUAUGUCUUCGAAGUUCAUCUCGUAACAUUAAAAGUCCAUACUAUGCCAUGAAUGAGCUUCAUGUUCAUAGAGGACUAAGUCCACAUAUGAGCGUUCUUGAAGUAUAUGUUAAUGAUGAGUUUUUAACAGAGGCAAUUUCUGAUGGCCUUAUCGUUGCGACUCCUACUGGCUCUACAGCAUACUCUCUUUCCGCUGGUGGUCCAAUCGUUCAUCCUUCCAUCAAUAGCCUGCUUCUCACACCAAUUUGCCCUAAUUCACUUUCUUUUCGGCCAGCUCUAUUUCCCGAGUCUUUUUCGAUAACCAUAAAGAUGUCCAGAAAAUCGCGAACGAGACCUCAAUUAUCAGUAGACGGCAAACCUCUCGCUCUUUUAGAAGUUGGUCAAUGCAUUGAAGUUACACACGAAAAGAAUACAGGAAUUCCUUGUGUUAUCCGAAAUUAUGAUGGAGACGAUUGGGUAAACGACAUUAAUAAUUUGCUGCGUUGGAAUCAUCCAUUUCACCGCAAGCAAUAAGCUACUGCAGCAAUACACUUUCCGAAAGAAAAUUGGUCUCGGUUUUUUCUAAAAAAAAAAAUGUGGCUACUUGUUCCUGUAGUCACGUAUUUUGUUAUUAUUUUCUUGUUGUAUAUCUUUGUUUUUGGUUCAUUUGUAACUAAGGUUUAAAAACAUUAUAAAAUUCUACAUCAUUCCGCUUGCUUGUGCUUAUUUUUGCACCAAAUCUCAGAAGUUGUCAUCGCAACAUGAUUAUCAAUGAAUUAUGUUUUCAUUGUAAGUAUUAGCAUGUGUAAGUAUGUAAAUAUGCGAACGGGCAAAAGUCAUGAAAAAGGUAAAAAAAAAGAAACGGAUAAAUAAUAAACGGUAUAUUUACAAUUGAAGAUUGCGAAUAUUCAGCUCUACGUAGUGAACACUAUUUGGCAUGCUCGUUUCAUACGCAAGCUCGUCUGAAAGGUCGAAGUUAAGAGGACCCGUUGCAGCGCAAUCUCUUCGGAUAGUAGGGCGUAGCCGAUCAAAGUUUUGGUCAAUUGUAUACUCUCCGGUCGUAGGUUCUCGAUUAACCCGAUGAAGUCGAACAAGUCUAUUUAGACUGCUAGUCACAAGGGAGCGAGUAAAACGACGAUUCGCGAACUUGCUAAAAACAGUUAGAGUUUGAAUAGAAAACAUAUAUACAUACCUUUCAAUGAUGC